CGGGGCGCCGAGGCGGGGCGUCCAGCGGUGCCCCUCGGCGGGAGGCGGACGGCUUCCGGCAAUAAUUGGACGCUGCAGCUCGGUGCAGUUGGUGGCUGUCUCGUCUGGAAGGGACCCGCAGAACUAUGCCGUUUCUGGGUCAGGACUGGAGAUCCCCUGGAUGGAACUGGAUCAAAACAGAAGAUGGGUGGAAAAGGUGUGACCCCUGUAGCCACGAGAUCAGAAGUGAGGAUAGCCAGUACCCCAUCAACCACAGCAUUAUCUUAAAUAGUGGUGAAGAAGAAAUAUUCAAUAAUGACUGUGAAUACGCAGCCAAAAAGAGGAAGAAGGAACAUUUCGGAAAUGACACAGCUGCUCACAGUUUUUAUCGUGAAAAAUGGAUCUAUGUCCAUAAAGAAAGCACAAAGGAAAGGCAUGGCUACUGUACCCUGGGAGAAGCCUUCAACCGCCUAGACUUCUCCAGUGCGAUCCAGGAUAUCAGACGGUUCACUUACGUGGUCAAACUACUGCAGCUCAUCGCGAAGUCUCAGUUAACCUCUCUGAGUGGAGUGGCACAGAAGAACUACUUCAACAUUUUGGAUAAAAUCGUGCAAAAGGUUCUUGAUGACCACCAGAAUCCUCGCCUGAUCAAAGACCUGCUCCAAGACUUGAGCUCGACCCUUUGCAUCCUUGUCAGGGGGGUAGGGAAAUCAGUGUUAGUUGGGAACAUCAAUAUUUGGAUUUGCCGCUUAGAGACGGUUCUCAACUGGCAGGAGAAGCUGCAGAAUCUCCAGAUGACUAAGCAGGUAAACACGGGCCUCACACUCAGUGACCUGCCCUUGCACAUGCUGAACAACAUCCUGUACCGAUUCUCAGACGGCUGGGACAUUGUCACCCUGGGCCAGGUAACACCAACCCUGUACAUGCUCAGCGAAGACCGGCGGCUGUGGAAGAGACUGUGUCAGUACCACUUUGCUGAGAAGCAGUUUUGUAGACAUUUGAUCCUUUCAGAAAAAGGCCAUAUCGAGUGGAAGCUGAUGUAUUUUACGCUUCAGAAGUAUUACCCGACCAAAGAGCAGUACGGAGACACUUUGCACUUCUGCCGACAUUGCAGCAUUCUCUUCUGGAAGGACUACCACCUUGCGUGGUUGUUGAAGGACUCGGGACACCCCUGCACGGCGGCUGACCCAGACAGCUGCUUCACACCCGUGUCCCCGGAGCACUUCAUUGACCUCUUCAAAUUCUAGUGGUGCCCUCAGCCCUGCGCCCCUGCCCUCAGCCCUGCGCCCCUGCCCUCAGCCCUGCGCCCCUGCCCUCAGCUGUCCCUUGUGCUUUCUGUGUCGUGUGGUUGCUGUGAGUAUUCUGUGACACAAGCGACGACAGGCUCGGUGGCUGCCUGUACCUGUGUGGCCCUCGCUCGCUUCUGGAGAACCUGACAGGAUGCAGAAGAUGCCUGGGCAGUUGUGUUCCGUCAGUGAAGGGGAGGAGACCCCCAACGCCAUUUCUACUUCUUUCUCGAGACUCUUCUCAGCCUAUAAAAUCUGCAGUGUUGUGUAUUUCUAAAUAUGGAUCAAAAGGAGUUUUGGGUUUUCAGCCCCGUAUCCCGUGCCGAACUGACAUGAACAACAGAGAGUGAGCUUCUUGGCUGUCAACAAUCGUUUCCAUCUUACCGUAACUGGGAUGAAGAACAACACUUGGUCCUUGUAAAUACUUUAUGCAGAAUAUUUAUUUUUCUUAAAAGGUAUUUUCACGACCCCAGUGGCUGUGCCCAGAUGAGUCCUCAUUGAAUACAAGAUGAACCCAGGAACAUGCGUGGUACGCCCGGGCCACACUGCUGGGUGGGGCUGCGAGCUGGUUGUACCGUCCAUAGCCAGCAGCACUGGCCCUGCGUUUCUGGGAACCCCGGCCAUGAGGCCUUCAUAGAUCCAGACUUGGGAUGUGGGCUCCGAACCAGACCAGAGCCUCUGCCAAGGAGCCGGAAACAACCUGGGGAGGCUGAGCGCCACACGUAGACGUGACUUUCAUGGGUAAAGUAAUAAACCAUGUUUAUCUACUGAUCAGCGUCAUCAAAUUCACACCUAACCGAAUGGUAUCGUCUUUAAAAUGUGCUGUUUUAUUUUAAAAAUAAUGCAUGUGCACUUUAGAACUUUUUGAAAAUAAAGAUACGUGAAAGUUACAUAA